GACCCGUCCGAGGUAUUGAUUUCCACAAACAGCAGCCUCUGUUCGUUUCUGGAGGCGAUGAUUACAAAAUAAAGGUCUGGAAUUACAAACUGCGCCGUUGCCUCUUCACUCUGCUGGGGCACUUGGAUUAUAUUCGCACGACCUUCUUCCACCACGAAUACCCCUGGAUCUUGAGUGCUUCUGAUGACCAGACCAUUCGGGUUUGGAACUGGCAGUCCAGAACUUGUGUUUGUGUGCUGACAGGACACAACCACUAUGUGAUGUGUGCCCAGUUUCACCCCUCUGAGGACCUGGUAGUGUCAGCCAGCUUGGAUCAGACUGUGCGCGUUUGGGAUAUUUCUGGCCUGAGGAAGAAGAACCUGUCCCCUGGAGCUGUGGAAUCGGAUGUCCGGGGAAUAACAGGGGUGGAUUUGUUUGGGACAACAGAUGCGGUUGUGAAGCACGUUCUUGAGGGCCACGAUCGUGGGGUGAACUGGGCUGCCUUCCACCCUACGAUGCCACUUAUCGUGUCGGGAGCUGACGACCGGCAAGUGAAGAUCUGGCGGAUGAACGAAUCGAAGGCCUGGGAAGUCGACACGUGCCGAGGGCAUUACAACAACGUCUCGUGCGCCGUCUUCCACCCGCGGCAGGAGCUCAUCCUCAGCAAUUCGGAAGACAAGAGCAUCCGUGUCUGGGACAUGUCGAAACGCACGGGCGUCCAGACCUUUCGGCGUGAUCAUGAUCGCUUUUGGGUGUUGGCUGCUCAUCCCAACCUGAACCUCUUUGCUGCAGGCCACGACGGUGGCAUGAUUGUGUUCAAACUGGAGCGGGAGAGGCCUGCCUACGCCGUGCACGGGAACAUGCUGUAUUACGUGAAGGACCGUUUCCUCCGGCAGCUGGAUUUCAACAGUUCAAAAGACGUUGCUGUCAUGCAGCUGCGAAGUGGCUCCAAGUUCCCUGUGUUCAACAUGUCCUACAACCCAGCUGAGAACGCUGUCCUCCUCUGCACAAGAGCCAGCAACUUAGAGAACAGCACUUAUGACCUGUACACCAUUCCCAAGGAUGCAGACUCCCAGAAUCCGGAUG